AUGGCUCGGUGUAGGCAGGUCUUCACUCCGCCCCUUCUGUGCCUUUGCCUGGUACAUUCUGCUUUCGGCGCAGCAUCGAGGGACGAAGGCAGUUGCUUGGCUCCAGCAGCCGCGCUCCAAGAGCUUGUGGAUCUCAGAAAGUACAGGAAUUCGCAAGCCGUGCUUCGAGACAUCGCCAAGGUCUCCCAGGCGACGCUGCAGCUGGAGAGGAAGAUGAAGCUGCAUUAUGGCGUCCAGGAUCCAUCCGAUGAGGUGCCGCUUUGCCAAGAGACGCCCUUGCCGCGCCCGGGAAAUCUGCACAGUAUCAAAAGCCACAACUACUACGUAGGAGCGAUCCGGGAAGCGCAUCCCCGAUUGUCUUUGCCGGCAGUGCAGUCCAUCGUGGCUUCGGAGUGGUACCACCCAGGAUUGACUGCCAAAGGUGUCUGGUGUGUCGACAGUUGUGAGCUCCCUCUGGCGCAGCGCUUCAACGCACACUUUCCGGCCAUCCAGCGGGAAGUCCAGCGUUUCUGGGACCAUCCAGACCUGGAGGAGCAUCUGAAGGGUGUGGGUACGCACACGACGCGCUUCGAUCGCCUCAUCGCCGGGAACGGAACUUGGGUGGACGUGAGGCUCUGGCGUGGUCGUGCCUUUAACAAGAAGCUCUGCGAGCGACACUUCAGGGUAGUUUGCAGCCUUGUGGAGGCAUCGCCUGAGAUCUGGACGAACCCCUGGAGCCACGUCCUCUUAAGCGUGCUGGAGCCGGACAGCUGGGUGCCCUUUCAUCAGGGUCACAGCAACGGUCAGCUGACGUACCAUGUUCCGGUAACUUUGCCCUCGAAUUCCGCAGCCGAGCUGGCAGUGGUUCCUCGGGGUGGUGCUCUCCCGGAGGAUGACCACGACAGGAUUCAAUCUCAUCCAGAAGAGCAGACCGUGUCAUGGAAGCCGGGUAAGACACUUGUCUUCGACGACUCCUUCUCCCAUGCUGUGCGCUAUCGAGGGUCCUUGUCGGGGGCAGAUGAGCCGAAGCGGCCGCGGCUUCUGCUCCUGACCCGCGCGUGGCAUCCGGAGCUGGAUGCGGAGGAGAGGUCUGCCCUCCGCGAGUUCAUUCGGAAGGGUGGCGAGGAACGGCCAGAAGGAUAUGAGAUGCUGCCACUUCCUGCGACCCUGUGA